AUGCGCGUGUGUCUUGAGGAGACCCGCUUUGCUUUCUUCCUCCAUCCGACACGCGUUUUCGGUCAGGCGAACGCAACAAGGUCGGAUGAAAUGAAAUGGACCCGCAGAAAAUCUGCCGAACCGCAUCGAGCACACGGUAACGCGAGCGCGGAAUACUGAGCCAAGAAUGGCUGCUCCGGACCUUCUUGAUCCUAAAACAGCCGCUCACAACUCUAAACCACGUCUGUCGUUCUCGGCCAAGCCAGCGGUGCGAAACACCUCAGACGAUUAUGAGCCUCGUGUGAGCGUCAUGCGCUGGAAGACAGUGCUGACUGUGUUUCUGCUGGUGGUGCUCUAUCUGAUUCUCGGAGCGACUGUGUUUAAAGAGCUGGAACAGCCGUACGAGACGUCCCAGAAACUCUCCAUCCUGGCAGAUAAACUGGAAUUCCUCCUGGAGCAUCCCUGUGUCAACUCAUCAGACCUGGAGAACUUAGUCAAGCAAGUGGCAUCCGCCAUACGAGCAGGCGUGAACCCUUCAGGAAACCUGUCCAAUCAGAGCAGCUUUUGGGAUCUCAGCAACUCGUUCUUCUUCGCCGGAACCGUUAUUACCACUAUAGGUUUUGGGAAUAUUUCACCUCACACAGAAGGCGGUCGUAUCUUCUGUAUUAUCUACGCUUUGUUGGGAAUUCCUCUGUUUGGAUUUUUGCUGGCAGGUGUUGGAGAUCAGCUUGGAACCAUCUUUGGAAAAGGGAUUACUAAAGUUGAAAAGAUGAUUGAUAAGUGGAACGUGAGUCAGAUGAAGAUCCGUGUGAUCUCCACGCUUCUCUUCAUUUUGUUCGGCUGUCUUCUUUUCGUCACUCUGCCAGCUGUCAUAUUCAAACACAUCGAGGGCUGGAGCACGCUGGAGUCCAUCUAUUUUGUCGUCAUCACCUUGACAACUAUUGGCUUUGGAGAUUUUGUCGCAGGCGAGCGACGUCACCAAGGAGAGAACAGUGGUGGUUCUGAGAUGGAGUAUCUGGACUACUAUAAACCUGUGGUGUGGUUCUGGAUCCUGGUGGGUUUGGCGUAUUUUGCUGCUGUUCUCAGUAUGAUUGGAGACUGGUUUCGUGCCAUAUCUAAGAAAACAAAAGAGGAGGUUGGAGAGUUCCGAGCUCACGCAGCUGAAUGGACGGCCAAUGUGUCCGCUGAAUUUAAAGAGACCCGUCGCCGCCUCAGUGUGGACAUUUACGACAAAUUCCAGCGUGCCGCGUCCGUCAAACGCAAACUGUCCGCUGAAAUCGUCCUCAAUCUACCUGUCAAUCAGCAGAUGACACCCGGGAAACGCGCCCGCUCCGUCAACCUCGGUGAUGAGAGAGAGGUGGGUCCCUUCCCGCUGGUACGGAACGGAAGUUUGUUCCUGAACGGCCUCAGUCCAGAUUACGCCCACCACAUGGAUAACGCUUUAGUGAGAACAAAAUGAACUAGGAUUAUUCACUGAGCUCGUGUGGAGAAUAUACGGUGUAUGGGCAUGGAAAAAGAUGCGUUAGUAUGAGCAUAACGAGAGAAUGUCGCCAUAGUUGUCCAAAGACAUUCACAGGUUUAACACGCUUGUUUUUAACCUUGCGCCUUUCUGAGAGAUUCACCAGUUAAUAGGCGACUCAUCUGCAUCAGAUGAAGAGAUCCUAAAUGCCACUUCAUGUAUCAUCAAAGAUGAAAACUGCCCAUGUUCAUAUAGUGAUCGCCCAUUUGUCUGAAUGAGAGCUUAGAGGAGGAUUCGUCUGCGCUCACAUUACUGUCCACCUACACUGCUCUCAUGAAGUCAGACCGCUUCACACGAGGAUGUGUUAUUAAAUCAUCACAUCACUCACAAAGGCAACUGAGACAUGGUUUUUAUGCAUGCACACUUCUUAGUGAACACAGAGGGAACGAUCACCAAAACAAUGCACACCAGCGCACUUCUGGAUUAAGAAGACGUCACAUCAGCAUUUCUUUAUGGGAAGUUUUGUUUAUCACACUGAAGCCGUCUCGACUGGCAGACGCAUGACGCAAUAUUCAGCAUGAGUUCUGCGGUUUAGGGAUGAGAGACAGUCCACAAGGUCCACACCUUCAUAACCUGGAAACAUCAAGAAGUUGCAUCGAGCAAUGUGUUUGUGCCUUACCUGAUUCGCAUAAACGCUUCAGUGAAUCAGGGCUGAAACUAUUCAGUGAUUGGUUUUAUAUCAAUGGAUUUUCAUUUUUUUCAUAAUGUAGAUUACCAAGUCAUUCAGCCGGUUCAAGUGUCAAGCGUUCAGUUGAUCGCUCCGUGUGGACGUCUAGAUGACGUCAAGCUGUGAGAAAUUCACAGUGAUUAUAGUUGAUUUGGGAUGACACUCAUGGUUCUUCAGUUGUUAAAUUUAGGAACAGGUGACCGCGGUUCAUGGAUCAUGAAUGUUGCCGUUGACAACACUGACAGACCCAUGAAAGACACUUCAGGGCAAAAUGAACUGAAGUUGUUUUAAUGAUAUAAUUAGACACAAGCUGCGUCCAUGGUGGUUUUACACUACAUUUUUUAACAUUUUGGUUUUACGCUACUUUCGCCAGGGACAGCAUCAAGAUGUUUCUGUUGACUUACAUUUUUUUUUAUAAAAUAUUUUUUAACUAUAGACAUACAUUGGACACGAGAAAUUUUUACCCAAAAAUACAAUUUUCAAAUGGUGUAAACCUGUAUGUGACUCUUCCAUCUAACGGAGAAGAAGAUAUUUUGAGAAAUGUGUUCAGACAAUGGAAGUCGAUGGAAUUGAAUGUUGUUUGAUUAUCAAUGUUCUUCAAAAUAUCUUCUGCAGAAGAAAGAAACUCGCAAAGGUUUAAAACCAUGAGGGGGAGUAACCCUAGUGAAAAAUAAAUAUACUUACAGUAAAUGUAUUUGAAAUACAUUUAUUUCAUGCUAAGUAUACUGCAAAUCCAUUUACAUCUUAUGUACCUAAUGAAAAUAUGCCACGGUUGUAUUUGUGGGAUACUGAAUUGGUAUACUUAAAGUCUGCUAAAUGAGAACAACUAAUUUUGUACUUUAUAUACUUUAAUUGUGCAGAAAUAAUGCUGAAGUCCAAUUAAAGAUACAUUUAAGUGUUUUUGAUCGUGCUAAAGGGGAACUAUUGAAAAUAUGCUUCAGGUACAAUUUAAAUAUCUUGCAUUGAAAGAUUGAUUUUAUUUAAAGAAAUUAAAAAAUCCUUAUCAAAAGUGACAUCACAACAAAUGUGUAUUUAAUACAUAUUAAUAUGAAGAAAUGUGCAUUGUGUUUAAAUGGUUCUCCAAAUAACGUUUAAUUAUAAUUUUAUUUCAGUUAUGUAAACUAUACUUAGCAUGAAAAGAAUUGUUUUUGGGAAAUCACUAAAGAAUUGUUAUUUUUGGGUGAACCCUUUUAACUACCCAACAGUAAAUCAGAUUAACCAACAUUAAACAUGCUGCAUACAUGAGAAAAAUGCUAUAUAUUAUUAAAAGAUUGAUAGGGAUUCUUUUUGUGAGGGUAACAGGGCCGAGGGAAAACCUGGGGACACGACAAAAAAAGAACAAAAAUAUUUUUUGAGGGAUUUAACCUUUAUAUUUCAUGGUAAGGUAUAAUAAUAAAGAGUCGGGAGGGUACACAUAACAAUUGCUAUUUUUUUCAGUGUUCUAGGAAGUUUUCUGUACAGGGCACUUUGCUUAAUAAUAAAAUGUCUUUUAAAGUUCAUAUUUAUGCAUUUGAAUAAAUAUAAUGGCCUGGGGACAGAAAUGUCACCAAUUUAUCGGAAUGUUUAUUUACAAAUAUCCAGUCAUCUCCGCCGCUCAUUAUAGAAUUGGCUGUGAUGAAUCCAUUCAUUCUAUCCUUCACGGCCUAAGAAAAGAACGCAUUUUACAUUCGGAGAACGCAUUGUCUGAAUUUUACACAACCACAGACUGUUAUAAUCAUAUCUUACACCUGACCACAUAAACUGACAGUGUAACUAGUUAUGCUACUAACACUACAAACACGGGUACAUUUUAAGUAGCAUGACAGUCCAGAGAUGUUUUCAGUAAGCUGCUUUUUCUAAGUUAAAGGAGUAGUUCACCCUAAAAUAACAAUUCUGUCAUCAUUUACACACCCUCUUGUCAUUUGAAACCUGUAUGACUUACUUUGUUCUGCAGAACUCAAACAAAGAAUGUUUGUGUCGACACAAUAGAAGUCAAAGGGGACCAAAGGUUUUCGUUAACCAAAUUUUUUAAAUAUUUUGUUUUUUUUGGUGAACUACACUUUUGAUUGUGACACAACAUUGCACCAAAGUCCGUUUACGGAGGUCGUGCAACUCGGCGCCCAUGUUUUCAACGCCUCUGUGCAGUUAUUUACGUUGUAGCAAGUCAACAGUCCCAUCGCUUUGAAUGGUGGAAGGUGGAUUUUUCUAAAAACGCUGGCAAAUAUUUUUCCGAUCAAUGAUUAAACCUGAUAAGGCUGGUACCAUAACUUUGGUGUGCUAAGCUUAAAUUGAGAAAAAAUUACCUUUUUGGAUGCCGCUUCAGCAACUGCGCAUACGCACUGGCUGGCAACCGCCUCACGAGAACCUCGCCCCAGAGAAUGGUCAGUGUUUAUCGACAGACGAUUGAAUCCUUUUACUGGAAGGCGGGACUUUCUCCACUAGAGUGGCCAUAUUGAGCCUUGCAUUCCUCGCCAUUCAUUGUAAUGGCAGUGACUCAUAUUGUUAUAUUAUCUUUCAUUACACUCAAAAAAUGAUGAACCCAACCGUUGGGUUAUCUGUUAACUUUUGCUGGGUCGAGUCAAAUAUAAUUAUAUUCUGGGUUAAUUUAACCCAACAGUUGGGGUUGUCCCUUUUUUGACCCAACCGUGGGUUGAAAAUGACUCAACACUUGAAAGUGUUUUUAUUGUACUACACAUGCGGGGAGAGAUGGAGCAGUUUAU